GAUCUGAGAAAAACAAAGAAAGGAAAUACCAGAGCGAGUCACGGCCGAAUCGUCAUCGAUCCAGCGCCACUGAGUUAAUGGAAGGGGUGGGGGCUCGACUCGGGCGGUCCUCCACUCGGUACGGACCGACCACGGUGUUCACUGGGCCGGUGCGCAGGUGGAAGAAGAAAUGGGUCCAUGUUUCGCCAUCUAACAACAACAGCAGCAGCAGCAAUCACUCUCAAAAUCAACAAAGCAGCAUCAAUGGUACGUCUAACAGUAAUAACGGUUCGCAUCUUUUGCUUUACAAGUGGACCCCGAUAUCUCAGAGCCAAAACGGCAACAAUGGGGACAGUAGGGACAAGAAUUCUGUCAAGGAGGAUGCGGUGGUGGCGCCUGAGGAGCCACCAAGACGUAAAUUCAGAUAUAUGCCGAUUGCUCUGUUAGAGGAACAGAAAAGGGAAGCUGCAGAGAAGGCUGAGGAUGAAUCUGAGCCAGGUGAUACUGACCCUAGUUUAGCAGAGCCAGCUGCCAAGAGUAAUGGUUUUGAUGAAAAACCUGACAUUAAUGAUCUCCCUAUGGAAGAAAAUCAGGAUGGUAAUAAAAUUGUACGACAAGAUCUGAAUGAAAGCACAUUGGACUUGAGUCUGGGCUUGACAGCUCAUGAUGGUGAUCCAGAUUCAAAUAUGGAUCAAUCAAGAGAAGAAGAAAAGUUGGAAAGAGUGAACUCAAAGUAAUGCUGGGAUGCAAAAUAUAGCCCUAAUUCAACAUAUAUUUAGGUACAUAUGACAAGAAGAAACUAGAACAUUUUUAUGUCUGAUCUACAGAUCCAUUUUUCAUUCACUUUGCCCUCUCACCUAGGUGGUAGUUGUCUUAGGCCAGGUGCAUCAAAUGACUUAUGUUUGUACUAGAAUCUAAAAGACUUUCACUUGAUGCUACUUUGCCGAGUUUACUGAUACUUGUAUUGAUUAAGAAUGGAGUUCACAGAAUCUGUUUUGUCUUGAAUAUUCAUUAGUUUUUCACUAUUUUUCUAGGACAUCCCAGGAUUGUACUAGCUUGAUAUAACUGAAACAGAUGACAAUUUUUGUUCGCACAAUAGCCUUUUGGCGAUCUUUUUCACAUUGCUUAAUGCAUAUGGAAAU